GCGGCGCUUGCCCGCCGUCUGUAUUGAUUCCGGCGUCUAUGACUAAGUCGAAAUAUCCAUUGGAACGGCAUUAAAAUUUCACUCUCGCGGAAGCGACCAGAAUUAAUCAUUGAGGGUCGAGCCCCGCUCUAAGUGCACCAUGGUGGAGGAAGAACCAAAGAUCCAGGCCAUCGAAGGAGUGACCUCGCCGACCAUCGUGGGGCUGUGUCUGGGCGGUGGGGUGUUUGUAUUGUGCAUGGCCGCCUUGACGUGCUUCUGCUACCGGCAGCGGAGGAGCCACAGCGCCAAGCGCCAUGGGCCCGACCAGCCGCUGGCCUUCCACGCCCAUCGCAGGCCCACGGCGGUCAAGAGUCCAGCCGGGGCCACGACGCACUACCUGAAGAAGAGCCCCAGUCCCACGGGACCGUCCAAGACGCCGCCGGGGAUGUCGGCACCGCAUACGCCGAGUCCAACAGGUAGUUCUUCGGGGAGUAUGGCAGGGCCGCUGGAGAGUGGGGUGGCUAAUGACAAGGUGGAUCACAGUGCCACGAUGAAGGAUGUGUACACGACCGAGAAUGAGGUGCAUACGCCCACCAAGGAGGAAAUUGAGACGAAUGAGAAAAAUCUGCAGCAGAGUGCGGCGUAUCUGGGACAGCUCGUGUUCAAGCUCAGAUACAAACACGAUAAGAACGCCCUUAUCGUGUCGGUGGUCCGGUGCCGCGACCUCCCCGCCAAAGACCCCAACCUGGGCUCCAGCGACCCCUACGUCAAACUGCAGCUCCUCCCCGACAAACAACACAAAGUCAAAACCCGCGUUUUGCGCAAAACUCGCAAUCCCGUCUACGACGAAGACUUCACUUUCUACGGAAUCAACUUCAACCAACUCCCCAACAUCACCCUCCACUUCGUCGUCCUCAGCUUCGAUCGCUACAGCCGUGACGACAUCAUCGGCGAGGUCUUCUGUGCUCUGAACACCGUCGACGUCACCCAAAUCGAAAACCAACAAAUGGCUCUAUGCCGAGAAAUCCAACCGCGAAGCCUCAAGAUCCGCUCGCAAGGGCGUGGCGAACUUCUCGUCUCGUUGUGUUGGCAACCGGCAGCCAAUCGCCUCACAGUCGUGGUUCUAAAAGCUCGGAACUUGCCUAAAAUGGACGUGACGGGAUUGGCUGAUCCUUACGUCAAGAUUUAUUUGCUGUACAAUGGACAACGGAUUGCCAAAAAGAAGACACAUGUCAAGAAACGGACGCUGAGUCCGGUGUUUAACGAAAGUUUCGUUUUUGAUAUUCCAGCAGGAGGGGAGGGUUUGGAGAACGUCAGUUUGGAGUUUUUGCUCCUGGAUUGGGACAGGGUGACCAAAAAUGAGGUGAUUGGUCGACUUGAAAUGGGCGGGGCCAAGUGCACCGGAACGGCGCUCCACCAUUGGAACGAGGUGUGCAACUCGGCUCGCCGACAAAUCGCCGAUUGGCACAAACUUAGGGAGUAGGCGGGUGAUUGGUUCUGAAUGGCUGGUUUGAAUUUGGCGCUUGUGGAUUAGCCAAUAGGUAACUAAUUGUGUAAUUGUUUCACCGCAAACAUUGUAGGCUUUGUUUUGUUGUCGCUUAGGUUUUAUGUAAAUAUGAAACAAUAGAUGUUAGGCUUCUGGUUUUUUUAGGAUAUUAUUAUUAAAUCUUUCCCUAUUUAAAUGACGAGUAAAGCAAUCGGGCAGGGUCGCGCUUAACAAGACUUAAAAUUGAGAUUAGCUUUGUUACAAAAGGGUUUGUGAUAUAGAUUUAAGCUGAUUAAAAAGUACCAAAAAAUGUAAUCUAAAUGUAUCAUAACUACGCACUUUAGAGCAAGUUGCACGCUACUGGCGUAGGGAUCCAUCACUGGAUAUUUUAUUUCUCAAAAAGUACAUUUGGGGAUUUUCGGAACACACUCCUGGAUUUUGGGCCAUUUUACCACAACUUUUAUCAAUAGACAACGAAGUUUCUACGCACAUACUCUCAAGACAUACUCAAAAAAUCCGCAAAUGUAUUAACGCACCUACAAAUACUAUAGUAAAGUAAUACGAUGUAAAUUUCCCGGAUGGCUUUAGGACGCCCCUCCUCUUGUGACGGUGGGCGGAGCGAACUAAACUCGCCCCACCCCUACUCUUACUUAUAUAGGACACACGGUAGUGACGUAUUAGACUUAAUAUUCAGCUCUAAAUGCGUACUUAAUCCAAUUAUUUGCCGGUUGAUAUACAGUAUGUUCACACUGUUGGUUACUUUACCAAUGCACACUGUAUAUAUUGAUCACGUGACAGUUAUUUUAUAUUUGCUUUCCAAGAUACUCUCGGAUCUCUUAUACUCGGUUCCAGAAAUUAUGAAUGUAUAUAAUAAAUGAAUAAAUGUUUCAAUGGUUUUUAAACAA